UAGUCAUUCCUUCCGCUCUGGCUCCUAAAGCGUUAAUCCUGAAACUUUAACACCCCCCCACCCCAAGGAUCCUAAAAAAGAAAGGUGCAAAGUUUGGUCCAGAUAGGGAAUGAAUGAUCAAAGCAGAGCCGAUACUUCCUGUGCUAGGAUGCUAUAUAUAACGUGAUGAGAGCACCGGCUGCAGAGACGCGCCUUACAGCUCACAGCCGCCAUCACCUCCCAGCUCCUGAGGUUUUCCGGGACCACAAUGAACAAGUUACUGUGCUGCGCUUUCCUGCUUUUGGACAUCUCAGUUAAAGUGACUACCCAAGAUAACUUUGCUCCUAAGUAUCUCCAUUAUGACCCAGAAACUUCUCGUCAGCUAAUGUGUGACCAAUGUCCUCCUGGCACCUUCCUGAAACAACAUUGCACUGGGAAGCGGCCAACCUUGUGUGACCCCUGUCCUGCCCACUACUACACUGACAGCUGGCACACCAGUGACGAGUGUCUGUACUGCAGCCCCGUGUGCAAGGAGCUUCAGCACAUCAAGCAGGAGUGCAAUGGCACCCACAACCGAGUGUGUGAAUGUGAGGAAGGUCGAUACCUGGAGGUCGAAUUCUGCCUGAAGCACAGGAGCUGCCCUACUGGGUUUGGAGUAUUACAUGCUGGAACCCCGGAGCGAAAUACAAUUUGCAAAAGAUGUCCAGAUGGGUUCUUCUCGAAUGAGACAUCCUCUAAAGCACCCUGUAGGAAACAUACAAAUUGCAGUGCAUUUGGUCUCCUUCUGACUCAGAAAGGGAAUGCAACACAUGACAAUAUAUGUUCCGGAAACAGUGAAUUGAGCCAGAAAUGUGGAAUAGAUGUCACUCUGUGUGAAGAAGCAUUCUUCAGAUUUGCUGUCCCUACCAAGUUUACCCCUAAUUGGCUCAGUGUCCUCGUAGAAAAUUUGCCUGGCACCAAAGUAAAUGCAGAGAGUGUAGAGAGGAUAAAACAACGGCACAGCUCACAAGAACAAACCUUCCAGCUGCUAAAGUUAUGGAAACAUCAAAACAAAGACCAAGAUAUGGUCAAGAAGAUCAUCCAAGAUAUUGACCUCUGUGAAGACAGCGUACAGCGGCACAUUGGGCACAUGAACCUGACCUUCCAGCAGCUUCAUAGCUUGAUGGAAACCUUGCCAGGGAAGAAAAUUCCUUUAGAAGAAAUUGAGAAAGCAACAAAAGCAUGCAAAUCAAAUGAACAGAUUCUAAAGCUGCUUAGCUUGUGGAGAAUAAAGAAUGGUGAUCAAGAUACUCUGAAAGGCUUCAUGCAUGCACUGAAGCACUUGAAAGCAUAUCACUUCCCCAAAACGGUCACUCAGAGUCUGAAAAAGACCAUCAGAUUCCUUCACAGUUUCACAAUGUACAGAUUGUAUCAGAAGCUAUUUUUAGAAAUGAUAGGGAACCAGGUUCAAUCAGUUAAAAUAAGCUGCUUAUAACUAGAAACAGUCAGUUGGCUAUUUCCUCAUAAUAGACCAGAUCUGAUGGGUAAGUAAAUAGUUUCCCAGGCACUUGAGGGGGAAGAAUGAUUUCUUUCUCAUCACCAAGGACUGCAUUUGGCUACAGAGCACAAAUAGAAACCAUGAUGUGGAAAAAUAAAUAAAUAAAUAAAUAACAUUUUGCUCUUAAAGUUCAACCAAUUCCAAACAGUUUAUCCAAUUUACAGAUCUGGUUCAGUAUCUACUGACUCCAUUUCCCCAAAUUACUGUUUUCAGUAAUUCAGCUGGAAAUAAAUUUAAAAAACAGACUCCACUGUUCCAUACUAAAUAUGGGAAUGUCUAACUUAAAUGGCUUUGAAAUUUCUGCUGUGCUAUAGGCUUUUAUUAGAAAGCCAUACUUUUUCUGUAAAAGUUACUAAUAUAUCUGUAACAAUUACAGUAAUUGCUAUUUAUAUUCACCCAAAUAUAAAAUUUGUACAUAUUAUCAUCUUAAAGAGAAGUUGUAUAAGACAAUUUUAGAGAAGAAUAUAUUCUGUUUAUUAUUAUGAUAAAUGAAAGAUAAAAUAUAUAUAUAUGUUUAAAGGGAAGUUUGUAAGGUACUAAAUAUGAUCAAUUGUAAACUAUAAGUUUCCUAUUAGGUACUGCCAUUCUUUCUGUACGGAAUAUUUUUGUAAUAUAUUUUCACAUGUAUAAGCUGUCAUUUUAUAGAAAAUUACAUUACUUAGUCAAUUGCUUAAUUUUGGAAAGUGUAUGAAAUAUAAAUUAUCUAUUAGAUGCUCUGAGAAAUUGAAUGUACUUAUUUAAAUUUUUUAUGUUUUUACUAUAUGAACAACAUCAUUAAAAUUUUCAAGUUAUUUUUCA